GAGAGAGUACGAUCACUGAGGAAGAUCAACGCCCAUCACUUUAUUACUAUCCGUUACCGGUCACCGAAAACACCAGUUCCUUAAACUCUUCACUUUCCUCCCGUUUAAACCGCCAUGUCUCUAAGCGGACACCUUAACCCAACAGCUCCGGUGUUCUUACCGGCUAACCUAAACCCAAUUCCUUACUUUAUUCCGACAAGAAUCUACCUCCCUCUCCCUCUACCUCCUCCUCCUCCGCCGCCUCACCUUCGUUUCUUCCCUGGUUUCUCCGGAGCUCUCCCUCCUCCUCCGUCGUUGUCUAUACCGACUAGAACCCUAGUGCUCUCACCAGUACCAGGUGACGUCAGCGAGUCAUCGAUUCGUCGGGACAUGGAGGUGUUCGGCGAGGUUCGCGGAGUCCAAAUGGAGAGAGCACACGAAGGUAUCGUGACCGUUCACUUCUACGAUCUUAGACACUCGCAGAGAGCGCUGAGGGAGAUACGCGAGCGUCACAUGCAUCAACAACAGCAGGUUCGUUUCGGAGCCGCGGCGCGUGGGCUCGUCUCCGGAAGAACGGUGUGGGCCCAUUUCGCGUUUCCAAAUUUCAGGGCCGUCCCCGAAGGGAACAAUCAAGGCUCGCUUGUGGUUUUCAACUUAGAACCAACAAUCUCUUCGGCAGCUCUCCGUCAGAUUUUUGAGGCUUAUGGGAAAGUGAAGGAGCUGAGAGAGACGCCGUUCAAGAGAGAACAGAGAUUCGUUGAGUUUUACGACGUCAGAGACGCCGCGUUAGCUCGCCGUGAGAUGGACGGAAAAUUAAUCGACGGUAAACCGAUCGUUGUCCAGUUUAGCCGUCCCGGUGGGUUUAACAAAAAACUCAUUCUCGCCUCACGUUUCGAUAAGAGCUUCCUUUCCAACCAUCACCAUCACCAUCCUCCGCCGCCACCGCCACCGCCACCACCGCCGCGGUUUCGUCAGUUGAGAAGACAAGAGCCGGUUAAGGGAAAACCGGUCAAACCCAACCUCUCUUUGGGUGAUAAUGAACGGUGCGAGCAAAACAAGAAGCGGUCUAAGAUGCAUACGAGUACGACGAAGAAGGAUCGUAUCAUCGAUGGUCGGUUCAUCAUAAACGAAGAAGCCAUUGCCGAGUCUAGAGACGGUCGUACCACGGUGAUGAUCAAAAACAUCCCGAACAAGUACACCCAGAAGCUGCUUCUGAGUAUGUUGGACAGACAUUGCAACGACUGUAACGAAAAGAUCAUCAGCGAAGGGGACCAGACGCCCAUGUCAGCUUAUGACUUUGUUUACCUCCCAAUUGACUUCGGCAACAAGUGCAACGUGGGAUAUGGGUUUGUGAACAUGACAACACCUGAAGCUGUGUGGAGACUUUACAAGGCCUUUCACAAUAAUCGCUGGAGACUCUUCCAGUCGAGUAAGAUCUGUGAGGUCACUUAUGCUCGAGUCCAGGGACUUGAGUCGUUGAAGGCACACUUUAAGUACUUGAAGCUGCCAAGAGAAGAAAUGGAGUACAAGCCGGUGAUUUUCUCGCCGCCGCGUGACGGGCGGUUGUUAACGGAGCCCAUCUCCAUUAUUGUUGACCUCGGGACCAAACCAGCGGAAGAUAGCUGUCCCUCUCGUGACGAAACAGUCACAUCUUGUUCGUCUUCGAUUGAAAGAUGUGAUGGUUGGCUUGGGGAGAGAAUCGAGAACGGCGGUGUCGUUUCGGAUGACGAAGGCAAAACAGUAGUGAAAAUUUAAUGAUGGUUUCGGCUUUUAGGCGGCGAUCUAUAAAUAUGUAGCUGUAUCGAUGUCUUUUCAUCUCCCUCUCUCUCUCUCUCCUCUUUUCUUUUGCCUUUCUUUUUUUUUCUGUGGGUUUCUUUGGAUGUUUAAUUAUGUGUAAAC